CCCCGGCACGGCGCCGCUCCCGCCGCUCGCCCGGCCCCGCUCCCGGCUCGGCUCGGCUCGGCUCGGCCUGGCCCGGCACCGCGCUCCCGCCGACCGCCCGCACCGGCUGCUGAGCGCCUCGCCCGGAAAGCCCUUCCGUUCUGCAUUUUCUCCGGAUUUUUGCGUGCUUGCCCCCGCCGUGCCGGGCAGCAUGGGGCUGCCGGCGCUGGAGUUCAGCGAGUGCUGCCUGGACAGUCCGCAGUUCCGGGAGCGGCUGCGCUUCCACGAGGCCGAGCUGGAGAGGACCAACAAGUUCAUCAAGGAGCUCAUCAAGGACGGGAAGUCGCUCGUCGCCGCCCUCAAGAACCUGUCGGCCGCCAAGCGCAAGUUCGCGGAUUCCCUCAACGAGUUCAAGUUCCGCUGCAUCGGCGACGCCGAGACCGACGAUGAGAUCUGCAUAGCCAAGUCCCUGCAGGAGUUUGCCACGGUGCUGCGGAACCUGGAAGACGAGCGGAUGCGCAUGAUCGAGAACGCCAGCGAGGUGCUGAUCACGCCGCUGGAGAAGUUCCGCAAGGAGCAGAUUGGGGCUGCCAAGGAUGCCAAAAAGAAAUACGACAAGGAGACUGAGAAAUACUGUGGUGUCCUAGAAAAGCACUUGAAUCUGUCUUCCAAGAAGAAAGAAUCCCAGCUUCAGGAGGCAGACAGCCAGGUGGACCUGGUUCGGCAGCACUUCUACGAGGUCUCCCUGGAAUACGUCUUCAAGGUGCAGGAGGUCCAGGAGAGGAAGAUGUUUGAGUUUGUGGAACCUCUGCUGGCCUUUCUGCAGGGGCUCUUCACAUUCUACCACCAUGGCUACGAGCUUGCAAAGGACUUCAGUGACUUCAAGACAGAGCUGACAAUCAGCAUCCAGAAUACAAGAAACCGCUUUGAAGGAACAAGGUCAGAGGUUGAAGCUUUGAUGAAGAAGAUGAAGGAGAAUCCCCACGAGCACAAAAACAUCAGCCCCUACACGAUGGAGGGCUAUCUCUACGUGCAGGAGAAGCGUCACUUUGGCACUUCCUGGGUGAAGCAUUACUGCACCUACCAGAGGGAAUCCAAGCGCAUCACCAUGGUGCCCUUUGACCAGAAGUCAGGAGGGAAAGGGGGGGAAGAUGAAGCUGUGACCCUGAAAUCCUGCACACGGCGGAAAACAGACACCAUUGAGAAGAGGUUCUGCUUUGAUGUGGAGGCUGUGGAUCGGCCCGGGGUCAUCACCAUGCAGGCGCUCUCGGAGGAGGACCGGCGGCUCUGGAUGGAGGCGAUGGACGGCCGCGAGCCGGUGUACAACUCCAACAAGGACAGCCAGAGCGAAGGCACUGCCCAGCUGGACAGCAUCGGCUUCAGCAUCAUCAAGAAGUGCAUCCACGCCGUGGAAACAAGAGGGAUCAAUGAGCAGGGGCUCUACCGGAUCGUGGGGGUGAACUCCAGGGUGCAGAAGCUGCUGAGCAUAUUGAUGGAUCCCAAGACAGCCACAGAGACAGACACAGAGAUCUGUGCAGAGUGGGAGAUCAAGACCAUUACUAGUGCACUGAAAACAUACCUGAGAAUGCUCCCAGGGCCCCUGAUGAUGUACCAGUUUCAAAGGAGCUUCAUCAAAGCAGCGAAACUAGAGAAUCAGGAGUCCAGGGUGUCGGAGAUCCACAGCCUCGUUCAUCGGCUCCCGGAGAAAAACAGGCAGAUGCUGCACUUGCUCAUGAACCAUUUGGCAAAAGUUGCAGAUAAUCACAAGCAGAAUCUGAUGACUGUUGCUAAUCUGGGUGUGGUGUUUGGGCCGACGCUGCUUCGACCUCAAGAGGAAACUGUGGCUGCCAUCAUGGACAUCAAAUUCCAGAACAUUGUGAUUGAAAUUUUAAUAGAGAACCACGAGAAGAUAUUUAACACGGUGCCAGAGGCUCCGGCGCCGAACUCGCAGCUGCUGUUAUCGCGCAAGAAGAGCACGGAGUCGAAGCCUCCCUCGUGCAGCGAGCGCCCGCUGACGCUCUUCCACACGGCCCAGCCCAACGAGAAGCAGGAGAAUAGGAACAGCAUCAUCAACUCCAGCCUGGAAUCUGUCGUCUCUUCAAAUGUAAACAGCUUCCUCAACUCCAACAGCGCUCCCCAGCCCAGCCUGAACUCGAGUGAUCUUGAACUAGAAGUAAUUAAGCCCAACAGGCCAAAUUCCCUCCCUCAGAAUCCAAGCCCAACGUCACCCCUCUCACCGUCCUGGCCCAUGUUCUCUGCGCCAUCAAGUCCUAUGCCCACCUCCUCUACGUCCAGCGACUCAUCCCCCAUCAGCUCCCCUCUGCGCAAGGCCCGCGCGCUCUACGCCUGCAAGGCCGAGCACGACUCCGAGCUCUCCUUCACGGCCGGCACUGUCUUCGACAACGUCCACCCGUCCCAGGAGCCCGGCUGGCUGGAAGGGACCCUCAACGGCAAGACAGGACUGAUCCCCGAGAACUACGUGGAGUUCCUAUGACUGUGGGGUGCCUGGAGCCACUGCUGAGCAUUCCAUGGUAUCCAUGGCCAGUCCUGCAGGCCCCUGUGCCCUGUGCCACCGUGUGACCGCGGGGAGGACAGCCCCGUGCCCGCUGUGGAUGUUUGUGUGCAUCAGAUGCCGCCUCUCGUCCUGCUGGGCUGCAGGCAGCGCUCCUGGGGAGAUGGAGAGGCUCCCCCAGCCCUGAGAGGGGGUGCUUCAGUGCACAUCCCAGCCAUGGAAAACCAGCCCAGGGACAGCCAAAUGCUCCGAGGGGCCGAGCUGAAGACUGGGAAUGGCCGGAGCUGCCCCCAGGGGGGGUCCCUGCAGGGGGACAUUCCAAGGGAGCCCAGGGCCCCCACCCAGGAGGAGUCCUGUGCUCCCUGUGCUUCCCUGGUGCCCCGAGCACAGCUCUCGGUGCUGCCAGGGAGUUCUGGGGCAGGGGAAGGGCUGGGGGGCUGAGCCCCCGUGGUGGCCGAGCAGCGCUGGCCAGUGUCCCCUCCUUGUGCCACAGCAGUGCCAGCUCUUGCUGGCAAGAGUGAGCCCCGGGUGGGCUCUGCAGGGCCCAGGGCUGGCAGGGCUCAGCAGGCACCUGCUUGGUGCACAGAGGAUGCUUUGGACCAAACCUCUCAAACUCUCCUUUUUUAUUUCCAGGAUUUUGAUUUUGUGGGGCAGCCCUCAGUCUGUGCGAGGUGAGCGGCCCGUGCUGCCCUCCUGCUGUGGCCCCAGACAAACCCCCCUGCUGUUGUUUGGCUCUUUGGUACCUGCCCCUCCCAAAUCCCACUGUACAGACACCUCUGUGCUCCCACCAGUGCCCAGGCCCUGCUGGAGCUGCCUCUGCCUCUCUCCAGCGUUGUUUUCCAGGCCUCCCCUUGCUUGCAGCCUCGUCUGUGCCAAGUCUGUGCAGUGCUGGUUGUGCCAGGUGAAUUAUUUCCAUCCCUGCUGUUGGUGUGGCCAAGAUGGGGCUGUGCAGAGCCAGGAGGAGCCCUUUGGCUGCCCCAGCCCAGCUCCUGCAUCCAUGGACACGCCACGAGGGCUGGGCAGUGUGGGAGUGCAAACCCCUCAUCGUUCCAGGUCGUGCUGAGGGGGGAGGGUGGAGAAGGAGCCCUGUUUGGCUGCAGAGCCGGGAUUUUGAGAGCUGGAAUCAUAUUUUAUAAAAAGAAAGUCUCAACCCCCAGGCCGUGGCGCUGAGGAUGGAUGUCGUGGCUUUUUGUAACAGUUUUAAAGACUCUGAGUGACUGAAUUGCUCUAUGUGUCACUUUUUAUUUUUGAAAGGAUUAAUGUAUAAAUAGAUUAUCUUAAAAUAUUAUGAGGAAAAGAUCUAUAUUUGAUAUUUUUAGAAGAGCUGUAAGGGGAGAAGCAAAGGACAUUUGAGGCUGGUCACCAAAAGGCUCCAAACCCCCGGACCCCCAGCCUGGAGCUGCUGCUUCCUUCUCUCCGUGGUGUCACUUAGAGAGAAGGCAGCUGAAAUUUCAGCCUUCUUCAUGUGUUUGUCCACUGUAAUUAAACUUCCUGGGCUUUUGUCUUGGGGAAAAAAAGAGGAAAACGGCAGUAAUUAUUUUCCUGCUUUCCAGGGUGGGUGGCACAGCUCAUUCCCAUGGGCUCACCCCCUCUCCAUAGCACUCUGACCCCUUGGGGAACACCCUCAGUGGCUGGUAUGGUUUGGGCAGGCGUGAGGUCCCCAGACUGCCUCGUGGUCUCUGCUCUGAGGUGGUGAUGCAGAGGGCCAGGGGCUUGUAGGGAUAAAAUCCGGUGUUUCCCUAGCACUUUGCUGGUUCAUCUCCAUCCUUGGAUUCUAUAGCCAACUUUUGUGCUAUUUCUUGGCUUUCCUGAGGCCAAGGACGAGGCCAGGCUUUAUCCAGCCCUGGCAUCAGAAGGGUCUGGGCUGUAUCCAGCCCUGGCUUAGGCUGAGGCCAGGCUUUAUCCAGCCCCAGCAUUGCUCCGCGGCUGUGGCUGGUGCUGGGACCUCGGGGCUGCCUGGGCUGGCUGUGAGAGCCCCUCCUUGGGGCUGGGAGAGGGAUGGGGAGGGCUGAUGGGAAGGGUUUAAAAACCCUUCAUCCUUCAUCUGUCAGCACUAUUUGUUUGUGUUUGUGACUGUCCUGUGCCGAGCUCCCUCCUGCCUUGCCGGGAUGCUGCUGGAGCAGAGCGAGUGCUGGGGAUGGAUGGGAAUUGCAAACCUGCCAAGAGCCCUCCAAAAGGCAUUAUUUGGGGCCAGGGUGUUUGGGGAGCUGCUUAGCAAUGCUGUGUGAGCAGCAGCACCACGCUGCUCCCGCCGUGUCCCCACAAAACCUUUCCAUGCAGGGUCCCCCUUCAGCUCCUGGAUACUCCAGUUACUCUGAGACCAGAGUAAAUUCCUUUUCAGAGGCACUUGGGAGCUCUUGGAUGUGCUACCUAGAGAGUUUCUGGGAACAAAAGUCCCACACACAUGUAUUUAUGAGAUGUCUCCUGGAGGAAAGGAAAUCAAACUGAGGCAGAAGUUAUUGCUCCUACAGGAGAGCCAGUGGAAUAUUUUUUUUUUAAUUAAAAUUUUCCAAAAAGAAAAACUUGUCUGGAACGCUUACUUAAUGUUCCCAUUUUGGGCCAGCUUUAAUACUGUAGUAAACAUUGGUUUAUUCCAAAAGAAAUUAAAGGUAGGAAAUAUUUUUUUAAACCAGCCUGACACAGCAUUUGAUGGUUAAUAUUAAAGAAAUCAGUCAAAAUGAAACAAAAGCUGGGUGCCAGUGGGCUGAGACUCUCCUGUGGCCCCUGGUCAGUCACAAAAAAAAAAGAGAAGGUGCAAUGAUGGCUGUUGGAGCUGACAUCAGAGGAGUCUUGGUGCAGCCCUGCCAUGUUUCACACCAAGGGCUGAUGUUCCACAAACACGCUGUGAGUUUGGGCUGGGUUUGGGGGCACUUGGAUUAAUUGGGCUGGGCUGGGUUUGGUGUUGGCCUGGGUUUGGUGUUGGGCUGGGUUUGGUGUUGGGCUGGGUUUGGUGUUGGUUGUGGCUGGGUUUGGUGUUGGGCUGGGUUUGGUGUUGGUUGUGGCUGGGUUUGGUGUUGGUUGUGGCUGGGUUUGGUGUUGGGCUGGGUUUGGUGUUGGUUGUGGCUGGGUUUGGUGUUGGUUGUGGCUGGGUUUGGUGUUGGCCUGGGUUUGGUGUUGGGUUGUUGGAUUAGUUGGGUUGGGUUUGGUGUUGGCUUGUGGUUGGAUUGGGUUGGGUUUGGUUUGCAGUUGGACUGGGCUUGGCUGGGAUGCUUGAGGCCAUCUCCUCUUGUCCUGUCCCUGGUUGCCUGGAGAAGAGGCCACAGCCCUGGUUCCUGGGCACCAGCAGAGCACAGGGAUGGAUCUGGGGCAGAUGAAGGGGAAGUCACCUGCACAGAGCCAGAGCCUGAGGGUGGACAGACAUGUUAGUGACUGUGAGGUGGUUUAAUUCUGCUAACAAACCAGAAACCUCAAAGCAAUUAGUUUGUGCAUUUGGGCUAAUUCAGAUUUUUAGCUUUUGGGAAAUAACGAUUAAAAGCAGAGGUUUUUAGAGGAAUAGCCGUUUAAAGCUCUGUGCUCUGGGUGUGGAGCUGAUUGUUUGCAGGUAGUUUAGCACGAGGCUGACAGCUCACAAGGUAGCACCUACCUAUUACUUAUUGUAAAUCCUCCCUUCUGCUAAUGAAGCUUAUUCUGCUUCUAAAGCUCAGACAAAAGGGUCUAGAAAAUCACACCUGGGCUCUAAACUCACUGACGCAGGCAGGAAGGGAAAAAGUCUGCAGGAGCCGGCUGCCCCGGAGACCAGCCCAGCUUGGAUUAGGUGGGGAUGGCAGAGCAGGGUCUGGAGCUGGGAGUGGGGGGAGCUGGAGCAAUCCCAUCUCCACAGGGGGAUUUCUGUGUCCCUGCUGUGUCCUUGCCAUCCCUCUGGGAGCCCCCCACAGCCCCCAUCAGCUGCUCCCCCAGGCCUGCCCUGCCCCAGGACCCAGCUUACCCCAGCAAUCAGAUAAUUAAAUAUCUGCAGAUUGCUCAGAGCUUUUGCUCACAGCCAGCUGUGGGUGAAGAGCAGAGCAGGAGGGACAGGGGAUGGGAGAGCUCUGGGGAUGAGCCCCAGAAGGGCUGGAAUGUGGCUGACAGUGAAGGUACCCCUGGGGUGAGCAUCUCUCUGGCACAGGGGGCUGGAAAGGGCUUAAAUCCCAUCCAGUGCCACCCUGCCAUGGCAGGGACCUUCCACUGUCCCAGGCUGCUCCCAGCCCUGUCCAGCCUGGCCUUGGGCACUGCCAGGGGUCCAGGGGCAGCCUCAGCUGUGCCAGGGCCUGUCCAGCCUGGGCUUGGGCACUGCCAGGGAACAAUUCCUCAUUCCCAAGAUCCCAUCCAUCCCUGUCCUCUGGCAGUGGAAGCCAUUCCCUGGGUCCUGUCCCUCCAGGCCCUUGUCCAAAGCCCCUCACGGUCACUCAGAGGUAAGUGCUCAUUUCCAGCCGAUGGCACCGUGUCCCUGCUGGCUGCCAGGCUGUUCCCAAGGCUGCCCCAGCUCUGGAGCAAACAGGCUCCUUCUGGCCUGGGUACCUCAGCCAGCUGCAGCCCUGCCCGUGGCACUGCAGUGACACCUCGGUGGCACCGGCCUGGGACAGUGCCACCUCUGCUGCCCCAUGGAUGAGGACAGGGAUGGGGCAGCCCCUUCUGCCCCAUGCCCAGCUGCCCCCCCUUUCCCACUCCCAGAGAUCCUGGAGAUGCUUGGUUCCUUUUCAAAGCUUAUUAAUUUUGCUGCAGCCGUUAUCAUUAAUAUUUCUGAGUCUGGGAGAUGCUCGUGCUGCUUUUGCCUCUCUUUUACUGCUGGUUAUUUUUUGCCAAGUUUGGGUUUGGCUGGGCUAUUUUUUCAGCCGCUGCUUUUGUUGGUUUUUCCCAGUUUUUGUUGAGUUUUGCUGCCCUGUGUGGUACCCGGAGCGCUGCAGCCCCAGCCCCAGCAGAACCAAUGACAUCCCCAUCACACUGCUGUUUAUUAUUUAUUUCCCCAGCAACGGGGAUAUAUUUAGCCCGACAGCUUUGAGCUGUUUCAGCCCCAUUCUGCUCAGCCAACCCAGCCGUGAGCAGUGGCCGAGGGGCAGCAGGAGCCCCCCGGGACCCCAGCAGGGACCCCCGAGCUGUCCUUGCCCGGGCAGGGGCUGCAGGAGGGAGGCUGUGAGAGCCACAUCCCUCGGGUUCCCUUGGACUCGCUGAGGCUUGGGCUGGGCUGGGUGGAUUUUUAAAAAUUAUUUUUAGUAAUUGCUGUGUUUGAGCCUGGCAGGGCAGUGCUGUGUUUGUUUGGGGUAGGAACACGUGCAGCUUGGCUGCAGCCAGCUGGAGGAACUCUGCCUGCGAGCCAAAAAGGGUAAAAAGGAAAAGGGUAGGAGAGAAAUGAGGAAUUAAAAAUGCUGGGUUUGAAUUCUGGAUUUGUUGUUUCAGGAGCCCAGAAAGGCGUGUGCUGGGGCCAGGGCAGGAGCCCAGGGUGACAGGAUGGCAUCAACAGCCCCCUGACACGUGUCACUGCCUGUCCCCCCUGUUUGUGCUGGGGCCAGGCCAGGACCCAGGGUGACAGGACGGCAUGGGACAGACCUGUGUCACAGCCUGUCCCCCCGUUUCCCCUCUCAGCUCCUCAGGGAUGCAGCUCCCCGUGUCCAGUCCCUGGAGAUUAUUUCCCCUCCAUGCUCUGCUCCCUGGGGACACAUUCCCCCUGGGCACACCAGGUCACCUUCCUCAGCAGGAAGUGUCACCCCAUCUCCUGCAUCAGGAGCACAAUUAGUGCCCACAUCUGAUGCUGCCUCAGCAGUUUUGCCCCAACCUUUUAAUGUGGUUUGAUCUCAAAUAAACAGAUACUGUAAUUAGAAGUAUUCCACUUAUUUUUAUUAUUUUUUAUGAUUUAUUAUUAUUAUUAUUCCACUUGUUAUUUUUUUUAACCUAAGGUUCCCUGUUGUGUCCUCAGAGAAUAUCCUUCAUUAUGCUCUGGAGCUGUGCCAGGCCUGGGAUGGAUUGGAUAAGGCUAUUUACUGCCACCCCCCUUCUCCAGACUGGAUUUUAUCAGCUGACCCACGGGCUCAGGCACUGGACACCAGUGCACUCCCUUCUGAUGGUUCCUCUCCAUGCUGCUCCUCCAGCCAGACUGUAACAAGUCCAAUAUUUAUGCUUUUCAAAUUUGAAAUGGCCAUGUACUAUAUGUAAUAUACAGUGUAUUUUCAGGUUCACCAAUAAUUGAAGUUAUCAGUAACCCUGGUAAGGAAAUGCACCAAACUUGCUGGACCCCAUCAGGAGCUUGGCAAGAGCACUGAGAGCAUCUGGGAGCCCCUUUGGGAUAAGCAGUACCAUAGAGCCAAGGAGUCUUUUAUUCUGUAAAACCCCAGAAUUUGUGCCUGACAUGGACCAGCUCCGUGUGCCCAGAGCUCGACACGAGCUCACGCUGCAGAGGGGACAGGGCCAGGGACAAUCCAGCCCCCUGGGACCAUCCUGGGGGCAGACACGAACUCAAAAGCUCAAAUCUUGAAUGUCAGAGCUGUAAAAAUGGCAUUUAAUGGCAUCUUCUCCUAACCAGUCUGAAAUGCCAUCAUUUUACUGGGAUAAUGUGAACACAGCAGAAAUGGUGAAUUGCAAUCACAUGCUGGGCUUCACCCCAAUUUCCUGGAAGCUGAGGAGAGAGCCCAAGGCAGCAAACAACAGCAGAACAAGGUGGCAGGUGAGGGAGGGCAGCAGCCCUGUCCCAACCCACCCCCAGGACCAUGGAGCAUGGGGGGGUGCAGAGGGAAGGGGCAGAAAUCCCACAGGGAAUCGGAUCCUGGCCACAGAGGCUUCUGCUAUCAAUGCUUUCAUAAAAGGAAUGGGACAAAGGGGAUUUUGGGUGGAAUGUGACCACACUGAGGGCUUGAUGCACUUACUGUGAGGCUGGAGCCCGUGAGGCACUGAGCAGUUCUUUAUCUGAGUGUCUGAUGGCUCUCCUUAAAGCAUCUUUCCAUAACUGUGGCCCAAACAAACGUGGUUAUCGUAAAUCCCAUCCUUGCCUUGCCUCUGACCCCCAUCCCCAGCCAUCCAGCUUGGGAAUUACCGAAGGGAAAUUUAUGUAAGCUUUGUUUUAAUUGCAAACAAUUCAAAGAAAUCGUUCCCUGCUGGGAACUCGGCCUUUUCUGCUGCAGUUAAAUGAGAUUUUAUUACAGCAGGCCCCGCUCUGUGGCUCGGGGGAAAGGCUGAGCUGUGCUGGGGGAAAACCACGGCAGUUUGAGGGGCUGGAAACGUCGGAAACUCCAGCAGGGCAGGGAAGGAGCUCCAGGCAGCAUCUUCUGCUCCAGGGCUGAGACCUUUUGAACCCAGCAGCAUCUUCCCAGCCAGAGAGGCUCCUUUCAGCCCUGCUGAUUUACCAAGUCCUCUUCCCUUUUUCCUGGGUUCAGUUCUGUCUCUGCACAGGACCCCAGGGCAGCUCAGCCCCCCCCACCUGUCCCCUGCCCACACCUGGUGAGCUCCGGGGCUUUUCAGUGCAUUUUUUUCCCUCCAUCACUAAUGUCUGGCAGCUGGCACCUGCCUUGGGAGGGAGCUUUUAUCACAUUCUGAUGAGUAUCAGACAGUUGGGAAGCACUGCAGUGACAAAAUGCAUUUAAAAUCACAGAAUUAAAGAGGGAUUGAGGUUGGAAGGGACCAUAAACUGACAGAGUUCCUCUCCUGCCAUGUCAGACCCAACCCUCUCCGAGACGACAACAAAAACUCCACAGAAGCAUUUUGGAGCCAUUUAAUGAAAAAAAGCAGAAUUUUAUUAUAUGGUUUCUGUCCAUUAUUCGGCAUUGCUGUAAAUGGCUCACAUUUACUGCAACUUCUGUACAGAUGUGUGGCUUUGUAUUACCAGAACAGCAAAUUUAAAUGAAAAAAUAAAUGUUCAACAAUUCCACACAAGCUUUUACAGUCCAACAUUUCACUGAGUAGGUGAAAACUACAGACUUGUUACUACAGAAUUAUUCAGCAUGAAUAAAAAACUACAACUUUUAUUUUUAAACAGGAGUCACUGGUUUAAUUUUUUUUUUAAUGCUGUUUAAAAUUGCUGUGAUAAAAAUAAUGAUUUUUUUUAAUAAUGCCAUACACUGGUAUGAUAUAGGAUUUGUCCCCAGUAUAUAUCUUUUUGUUUAAUAUACAAAAUAGAGUAAUGACCCAUGGCUGCCUCUGCUGCGGGCAGGGGGUUGGAGGUGGGGCGUUCCCACACACUCCCAGCCUUCCCUCGGACACGAGGCCUCUGCCUGGAGAGGCCCUCGACCUUCACGGAAAAUUUGGUUCCUAUGAGACAUGGAUGGCUCAGCAAGCCCUGGCUGCAGACUGGGAUGGGGCAGAGCGUGCCUGGUCUGCGACCCUGAAUCCCAGCCUGGGCUGGCUCGGAAGGGACCUAAAGCUCAUCUAUUCCCCCCUGCCAUGGGCAGGGACCCCUUCCAGCAGACCAGGCUGCUCCCAGCCCCGUCCGAGGUGGCCUCCAACACUUGCAGGGAUAUAAGAAUACAAUCUUUAUAAAACCUCACUCUAAGUCAUGUCCCUGAAGUCCUCCCUCUCUGGAGUUUGGCCGCAGGGUGUUUCCCACAGCCCGUGUUCAUCCAGGCACUUCCUCCUUCCCUACCUUUUCCUGUGGAAAUGGCGAGGUCAUUUUUCGGCAUCGAUUGGCACCUGUCCCCAGCCCCCCGCCCCCCUCCCCGUGUCCCUGUCCCUGUCCCCGUCCCGGUGUCCCCCUAAGGCCAUUGCGAGUCCUGAGCUGCCCCCGGGUGCGGGCGGAUCCGUGCACUUUGUGAUAAGGCACUGAAGGGCCAAGGCCGAGUUCUCCCUGCUUUAUCCAGAGUGCAGGGACUCCCCACUGCUACACGGACCACGGAUAACAGGACACGGACUUCUCACUGCUGGCUACAGCACUACGGACUCUCACUGGUGAAGUUUAAACUGAACAGCAUGUACAGGACGACUCUUCCUCGAACAUCACAGUUUCCUCUGUUUCUCCUUAAAUCCAGAGACUAAAAAUGAAUAUACAGGCAAACAGACACAAGGCGCAGAGAGCCUCUCCUCCUAUGUGACCGGUUCUCUCACGGGGGGAUGGCAGAACCCCAGAAUUUGGGUUGGAAGGGAUCUUAACGCUCAUCCAGUUCCAACCCCGGACUCCACCACCUGUUGGAGUUCACUGCAGUUGCUUUUUGCUGGCAAAAACGACAAUUUGGGGUCCCUGCACCCCGACCCGCACACGGCGUCCCCAGGCUCUGACCGAGGGCUCUGGGGAUGCAAGUUUAUAAAACAUUCUCCAAAGAAAGAGCAGGUUUCCCCUCCCCACGACCCCCCAGCCCCACCAGUACAAACUCCUAUCUGUAUCGCAAACGGGCGCGGGACAAUUCCCAAUGACUUGGGCUGGAAGUUGUAAUUAAAAUCCUGACCUUUACUAUUACAAAAUGUACAUAUUCCUUACAGAUCAAAGAAGAGUGAUUAUUUUCUUUUAUUAAAGAUGCUAUUUUACUCCAAAGUACUGAAUAUAGGAUCUUUUUUAAUAGGUAUAACAUUCAAAAAGAGCUUUAAGAAAGGAUGAGAAUUGAGUUUCCUAUUUCAGUUGGAAACCAAGGUCUGCUCAAUGUAGAAAUGUGCUGUGAACACCCCACGCUCUGUAUUUACAUAUUGCUGGCACCUGGAUGUGGAUUAUUGCCCAAUUUCUAAGCUGUUUUUGCUGUCAGAGCCGUGACAGAUUUUGCAGCGGGGUCUGGUUCAGCCGUGCCUCGGGAGCGGCUCCCGACCAUACAGAUAGGAGUAUCCCCCCCAAACCAACGGGAAUUGUACACAGUGAUUCCAUGAACACAACCCAACCCUACAAACACCCAGGAGCACAGGUUUCCCCUCUCAACAGAGCACUUCUUUGGAUACCAACACCGACAGCCCCGGCGCUGCCUCCGGCCAAACCACGCGCGACGGUUUCCACUCAGCAUAUCUGUGACCCCUACAAAAAAUAUAAUUACAUGUAUCAUGAUAAAGCAAUCUGUCAUCUAAAAAUCAUCCUUAUUAUACACUAUACAAGCUAUUUUACAAUCAUUUAAUAAAUUGCUUUUAAAGCUGCAGUAGCCCUUCCCUUUUUUUCUUGGAUCAGCGAAUAUACCGAUUAUACAUA